UUCCAAGCAAGAACAGCGCAGCCCCGACUAGCGAGCCCUGUUGCAUGAGAAGCUGCAUGAUGCAGCAUCGUCGCCCAACGACAGUAGCAGGGCAAUAUCUAACACAGCCAAAUCAACACUUUCGGCCGCGGAAUAUGCUUGAGAUGUGUACGUAUCGCCAUUUCUCUUCUGGAUGCCGAGAUAUGUUGUGUAUCGAUGUACCGUGAUGCAGGAGACCUGUGUAACCAGGUGGGCCCAACGACCAGUUUGUUGGAAGUACCUGGGCUCGCGCCACUGUAGGACUUAUGUAACGUGAGAGUAUUGCCAUGGGGCACGCAGAAGAAGGCACACAGGCCCUUGACCAGUCUUUCCUCGAGACGACUAUAUAUCACAAUCGUCUGUUCCAAAAUUAUGCGAUCAACAACCUUGCGUACCUGGUUCCUAUAGACGAAGAGGAAGAAGAGCGACUGCAUAUUAUGCACAACGUCUUUAGCAUGAUCUUCGAACAGAGAUUGAUAUUUGCGCCAAUAAACCGACCUAGACGAGUCUUGGAUCUAGGUCAUGGCACAGGAUCCUGGGCUCUUGAAGUUGCUGAACUCCAUAGUCGAUGCGAAGUCAUAGGUAUCGAUAUAUGUCCGACUAUGCAGCCACGGGAGAUGCCAGCCAAUCUCUACUUGCAGGUUGAUGAUGUUAAUCGGACGUUCUCGUUCAAUGCGCACCACUUCGAUCUGGUCCAGUCGCGCAUGAUGACUGGAGCAGUUCACACUAAUCGCUGGGCACAGUACAUGCGAGACAUGCUCCGCGUCACACGACCAGGAGGCUGGUGCCAGAUGAUUGAGCUGUACUAUAAUUUUCAGUCUGACAAUGGAACACUCACACCAGACCAUGCCUUGAGCCAGUGGAGCGCCAGGUACCUUGAAAGCAUGGCUGGUUUGAAAGACCUUCGCCAAGCUACUCGCCUGCCGAACUUGAUGAGAGACGCGGGCUUUGUCGAUGUUGAGAGUAGGAUGAUCCCAUUACCCACGUGUGGUUGGGGAACAGAACAACGAGACAAUGAAAUAGGGGCGACAAACAGAGAGAAUAUUCAAAGAAUGCUCAAUUCUCUAGCCAUCUUCCCCUUCACGGAGAGGCUCAAUAUGCCCAUUCAAGAUGUGCACCUCUUGAUAGCCCAAGCACGAGUUGAGGCUGAUAACCCCGCCUUCAAGGUGAUGCAAAGUCCCGCUCCAGACGAUGAGGCAGCGAGUGAAGGACGGGCGGGCCGUGUUUUCUCUGUGGCUUUGAGCUUAGCUUUCCAGGUUCAUGCUUUGAACUUUCAGAGGAAAUCUAACGGCGAGCUCUCAUGCCAUCCGAUGUCGCCUUCGGACUGACUUGGCCAAGAGUGGGGAGUGGCCUUGAUAUAGAG